AUGGUUCUGGGCCUGAAGAAGGCUAACCUGGCCGUGUGGCUGUCCAUGAUCGGCCUGGCCCAGUACUACAAGGUGUUGGUGGACAAUGGCUAUGAGAACAUCGAUUUCAUUACUGACAUCACCUGGGAGGACCUGCAGGAGAUCGGCAUCACCAAGCUGGGACACCAGAAGAAGCUGAUGCUGGCUGUGAGGAAGCUGGCAGAGCUGCAGAAGGCUGAAUAUGCCAAGUAUGAGGGGGGCCCCCUGCGCCGGAAGGCGCCCCAGUCACUUGAAGUGAUGGCCAUUGAGUCUCCGCCCCCGCCUGAGCCCACACCGGCCGACUGCCAGUCCCCUAAAAUGACCACCUUCCAGGACAGCGAGCUCAGUGAUGAGCUGCAGGCUGCCAUGACUGGCCCAGCUGAGGUGGGGACCACCGCUGAGAAGCCCUCCAGCCAUCUGCCACCCGCCCCGAGGGCCACCACACGGCAGGAGUCCAGCCUGAGUGGUCGGGCACGGCACAUGAGCAGCUCACAGGAGCUGCUGGGCGACGGGCCCCCUGGGCCCAGCAGCCCCAUGUCUCGAAGCCAGGAGUACCUGCUGGAUGAAGGCCCGGCUCCCGGCACCCCCCCCAAGGAGGCCCGGCCAAGCCGCCACGGUCACAGCGUCAAGAGGGCCAGCGUGCCCCCUGUGCCUGGCAAGCCACGGCAGGUCCUCCCACCAGGCACCAGCCACUUCACGCCCCCCCAGACUCCCACCAAAACCCGACCAGGCUCUCCCCAGGCCCUUGGGGGACCUCAUGGUCCAGCCCCAGCUACGGCCAAGGUGAAGCCUACCCCGCAGCUGCUGCCGCCAACAGAGCGCCCCAUGUCACCCCGCUCCCUGCCUCAGUCACCCACGCACCGCGGCUUUGCCUAUGUGCUGCCCCAGCCUGUGGAGGGCGAAGUGGGGCCAGCUGCCCCGGGGCCUGCGCCCCCACCUGUGCCGACCGCUGUGCCCACACUGUGCCUGCCCCCCGAGGCUGACGCAGAGCCAGGGCGGCCCAAGAAGCGAGCCCACAGCCUGAAUCGCUACGCAGCGUCCGACAGCGAGCCGGAGCGGGAUGAGCUGCUGGUGCCUACUGCUGCAGGUCCCUAUGCCACGGUCCAGCGGCGCGUGGGCCGCAGCCACUCAGUGAGGGCGCCCGCAGGUGCCGACAAGAAUGUCAACCGCAGCCAGUCCUUUGCUGUGCGGCCCCGAAAGAAGGGGCCCCCGCCGCCCCCACCCAAGCGCUCCAGCUCAGCCCUGGCCAGUGCCAACCUGGUGGAUGAGCCGGUGCCGGACGCCGAGCCUGAAGAUGGCCUGCUGGGGGUCCGGGCACAGUGCCGGCGGGCCAGUGACCUGGCCGGCAGCGUGGACACAGGCAGUGCUGGCAGUGUGAAGAGCAUUGCGGCCAUGCUGGAGCUGUCCUCCAUUGGGGGUGGGGGCCGUGCUGCCCGCAGGCCUCCCGAGGGCCACCCCACUCCCCGCCCUGCCAGCCCAGAGCCGGGCCGCGUGGCCACCGUGCUGGCCUCAGUGAAACACAAAGAGGCCAUCGGGCCUGGUGGGGAGGUGGUGAACCGGCGCCGCACGCUCAGCGGGCCAGUCACUGGACUUCUGGCCACUGCCCGUCGGGGGCCUGGGGAGUCGGCAGACCCAGGGCUCUUUGUGGAGGAUGGCACUGGCCGGCAGCGGCCUCGGGGUCCCUCCAAGGGCGAGGCAGGUGUUGAGGGCCCGCCCUUAGCCAGGGUGGAGGCCAGCGCCACACUCAAGAGGCGCAUCCGGGCCAAGCAGAACCAGCAGGAGAACGUCAAGUUCAUCCUGACAGAGUCUGACACGGUGAAGCGCCGGCCCAAGGCCAAGGAGCGGGAGGCCGGGCCUGAGCCACCACCACCACUGUCCGUGUACCAGAAUGGCACUGGCACCGUGCGCCGCCGACCGGCCUCGGAGCAGGCUGGGCCUCCGGAGCUGCCCCCACCGCCCCCACCUGCCGAACCCCCGCCCACUGACCUGGCGCACCUACCCCCACUACCCCCGCCCGAGGGCGAAGCCCGGAAGCCGGCCAAGCCGCCUGUCUCUCCCAAGCCAGUCCUGACGCAGCCCAUGCCCAAGAUCCAGGGCUCGCCCACACCCACCUCCAAGAAGGUGCCACUGCCAGGCCCUGGCAGCCCAGAGGUGAAGCGCGCCCACGGCACGCCGCCGCCCGUGUCUCCCAAGCCGCCGCCGCCGCCCACGGCGCCCAAGCCCGCCAAGGCGGCCGCGGCGCUGCCUUCGGGCAGCGCCGGCCCUUCGCCCGCACCCUCGCCCGUGCGCCAGCCGCCUGCCGCCCUCGCCAAGCCGCCCGGUACGCCGCCCUCGCUGGGUGCCAGUCCUGUCAAGCCCCCGUCCCCCGGCGCGCCCGCGCUGCACGUGCCCGCCAAGCCCCCACGCGCUGCCGCCGCCGCCGCCGCGCCCCCCGCCCCGACCGAAGGCGCCUCGCCCGGGGACAGCGCCCGGCAGAAGCUGGAGGAGACGAGCGCAUGCUUGGCCGCGGCGCUGCAGGCGGUGGAGGAGAAAAUCCGGCAGGAGGACGCGCAGGGCCCGCGCGACUCGGCGGCGGAAAAGAGCACGGGCAGCAUCCUGGACGACAUCGGCAGCAUGUUCGACGACCUGGCCGACCAGCUGGACGCCAUGCUGGAGUGAGCGCCGCCUCACCGGGCCCGCCUGCGCCGCCCGGGCCCUCCCCGCACACUGACCUAUACCUCAGGAUGGGCGCGUCUGGGUGCGGCGCGAGCGGCCGGGCAGGGUCCCGCACAAGCACAACUCCGGCCCUUGGGGUCGGGCCGGGGCGCCCAGCGGGGACCGCCUGGCCGGGGGCUCCAAGGGCUCUGGGCAGACCCAGUGCCCACACGUCCUCCCCACUUGCUGCUCCCCGUGCAAUACUUGCUGGGCCUCCUGCCUGUGCGGAAGGGGAGGGCGCCCCGGGACCAGGGAUGGGGCAGCGCACAGGCCCGGGCCCAGCACAGAACUGCCCAUCGGGACGCCCGGUCAGCCGCUCAGGCGCAGCACAAGGGACAGGGGACCAGGGUCAGGGCCCCCCUGUCCCACCGCACCCCCAGAAUAUAAGCUAUCAAGAGUAUUAAUUUAUUGGGAAUGAGCUGAGGCGGAUUUCCCCAGAGAAACAAAAAGGUAUAACUUUAACAAAUAUAUAUUUAAAGAAAGAAAUAUUAUUGAUUCUAUAGAAAACCAUUUACCAACUAAAAGGACACGAGUCCAGCUCCGGACAAAAGCUGUUAAGAGGACCAGGCUGUCUGCCUGCGGUCCUUCCUCCCUCCGGCCAGAGUGGAGGCCCCAGGCCGCUAGCACAGGUGGAAGGCUGGGGCCCCGGGGCGGGUGCUCUGGCGGGGGCUCCUCCGCGCUUCUCUCCUAAGUUCUCUGCGCCCCAAGAACUCGAGGUUGUGCCUUGCUCUUGGCGGCCAUGUCCUCCUCCUGGCGUGGCUGUAUCGGGGCGCGGGUGGGUGUGGUGAAUGUGGGUGUGUCAGUGUGGCGGCCACGUGGAAGCACGGCACGUAGCAGGCCAGGCCAGGGGCUUGCAGCUCCUCUGAGGGCGUGCCUGGCCUCCUCCGGGGCCUGUGCAGGCAGCCCGUCCACCCCGCCGGAGUUCCCACGGACGCUUCUGCUCAUGGUCCAAGGCUGUGUCGUGUGGUCAUUCUCACCCUCCCUUUUCCUCUCUGUCCCUGCUCCCUCCAAGAAGUACUGACUGGUCUCUAUCGUGUUUGCUGAUCCACAGUGUUGGGCACAACUUUGACGUUUCUUAAAAAAGAAAAAUUCAAAAAAUGCCGAGAACCAGCGAUUGUGGUGUGGGGCGGGCGGAGGCAGCUGGCGGAGGUGGUGUCCGUGCGUGCAGGGCCCCUUUCUGCUGUCUCACCCCGUGUUUCCCUGUAAGUGGACGUGCCCAGCUGUCCCCCCAGGCCUCUCCUCAGUGGGCGGCCCAGGCUGGGCUCCAGCAGGCAGGGAGGGGAGGUUUGGGCAAGGCGCUGCCGUUGGCUGUCAAUAAACAGCAGGACACAGAA